CCUGUAUCCCAGACCGGCGUGCGUAUACCGCGCACACGCACUAACCGGCCCGAGGGGAACGCUGCUGCUGAGGCAUCUGCAGCCCGCUCGCCGCUUCCCACCAUGUCACAGCGUGCGAGUGUAUUUCCAUGCCAGAGUGGGAUCGGAUGGAUUCACUGGACGGAAUAACCCCGCCGUGGAAGAAAGGGAGUAUGACAGGCACCCUGUUCCCCUGACGGUUCUCGGGCACGCAGUCAUAGUUUGGCGGCCGGACAUGGUUUUAAUCUGCGGAGUUGCAGUAUAGUGGAUGCGGGAUGCUGCGCGCCGCGCCCCGAGAUGUAUUGAUAAGGAGAACACGGACCUGUCGACAGGAUUUUUGCUGGACUCUGGCGCACAGUGAGCUUGUUGUUGUUGUUUUUUGCCCCUUCUUCUGAUGUCCAUGGGUUGUGCCGUUUUGUCUGAAGGGAUCAACUGAGCACUGCUUCUCUCAUCCAGUGAGGUCAACCAGCGCUAUAAGCUGCUCACCUGGUCAUUUCAACACACAAUAGUCUUCCAUCAUGGCCGAGAGGACACUGGAGCAGGGCUCGGUCAGCAUCCCCAUGGAGGAGACCAAACUCCCCAGCGGAGCGCCUCCGGAGGCGCCACUGCUCAUCCACUUGAAGAAAGUGGAGAACCACAUCACUGAAGCUCAGCGCUUCUCCCACCUCCCACGCCGCUCUGCUGUGGACCUGGAGUUCAACGAGCUCUCGUACACCAUCCGCGAGGGUCCCUGGUGGAGGAGGAGAGGUUACAAAGCCCUCCUCAAGUGUCUGUCGGGAAGGUUCAGAAACAAAGAACUGAUUGGAAUAAUGGGGCCUUCUGGAGCUGGGAAAUCCACUCUGAUGAAUAUUCUGGCGGGGUACAGAGAAACCGGGAUGAAGGGCAAGAUCCUGGUGAAUGGGCGACCGAGGGACCUGCGGACCUUCAGGAAGAUGUCCUGCUACAUCAUGCAGGAUGACAUGCUGCUGCCACACCUCACUGUGAGGGAGGCCAUGACGGUUUCUGCCAAUCUGAAACUGAGUGAAAGCAUGCAGAUCAAAAAAGAGCUUGUGGAUGAGAUCCUGACUGCUCUGGGCCUUCAGGAAUGUGCACAGACACGCACAAACUGUCUCUCUGGAGGCCAGUGUAAAAGAUUGGCCAUCGCCCUCGAGCUGGUCAACAAUCCUCCGGUCAUGUUCUUUGAUGAGCCCACCAGCGGCUUGGACAGUGCGUCCUGCUUCCAGGUGGUUUCCCUGAUGAAAUCUUUGGCUCUGGGAGGACGGACAAUCAUCUGCACCAUUCACCAGCCCAGUGCGAAGCUCUUUGAGAUGUUUGAUAAGCUUUAUAUCCUCAGCCAGGGUCAGUGCAUAUACAAGGGCACCGUCCCUUACCUCAUCCCUUAUCUGAAGAACCUGGGCCUCCACUGUCCGACGUAUCACAAUCCUGCCGACUUCAUCAUUGAGGUGGCGUCGGGGGAGUAUGGGGAUCUUAAUCCGGUGCUGUUUGAGGCUGUCCAGGGUGGUCUGUGUUCCGAGGAGAGCAAGAAGAACUCCAGAGACAAAAAUGACUCUUCCUCUCCCUCUCAAUGUCCCAGUGAAACAGGAACACUUGAGAAACAUAGCUUUGCCACCAGUACAUUCACACAGUUCUGCAUCCUCUUCAAAAGAACUUUUGUAACGAUAUGCAGAGACAUGGUGCUGACCCACCUCAGGGUGAUGUCCCAUAUUUGUAUUGGAGUGCUGAUUGGCCUGCUUUAUCUCAAUAUCGGAAAUGAUGCCAGCAAGGUCUUCAACAACACUGGUUUCCUCUUUUUCUCCAUGCUGUUCCUCAUGUUUGCUGCCCUGAUGCCCACCAUCCUGACCUUUCCUCUGGAGAUGUCCGUGUUUAUGAGGGAACAUCUCAACUACUGGUACAGCCUGAAGGCCUAUUAUUUAGCCAAGACCAUGGCUGAUAUACCCUUCCAGGUGCUCUGUCCAAUAAUGUACUGUAGUAUAGUGUACUGGAUGACUGAUCAGCCACCAGAGGCUGCUCGCUACCUGCUCUUCAUGGCCUUGUCCACAUCCACAGCCCUGGUGGCCCAAUCCCUCGGACUGCUUAUAGGGGCCGCAUCCACGUCUCUUCAGGUGGCAACCUUUGUGGGUCCAGUCACAGCCAUACCUGUACUUCUCUUCUCUGGCUUCUUUGUCAAUUUUGACACCAUUCCAAAAUACCUACAGUGGAGCUCCUAUCUUUCCUACGUCAGGUACGGCUUUGAGGGGGUUAUACUCUCUAUCUACGGGAUGAACCGGUCGGAGCUUGAGUGUCCGGGUGUGGUUUGUAAAUUCCAAAAGCCAGAGGAGGUCCUGCAACUGCUGGACGUGGAGGACGCAAAGCUGUACGUGGACUUCAUUGUGCUGGGCGUUUUCUUCCUGGUCCUCAGACUAGCGACUUACCUGGUUCUACGAUACAAAGUCAAGUCAGAGCGCUAAGACGUCCAGAGGAUGAUGGAUUUGAACGCCUGCACGUUUUCUGGCAGUGUGGGAUAGUAAGCAAACAUAUAGUCUCUCUUUCCUGUCGUCACUUUAUAUACACAUACAAGAAUCCUCACAAAGCUGUGCUGGACCACCAAACUGUACAGUAUAAUAUUCUCUUUUAAACAUUUUUCAAGAAAGAAGAAAAACGUGUAGUUCUGACUCCCAUUGUUGCCCUUCAGAUAAUAGUAUUUUUCCGCCCACCAUUAACUUUCAAAAAUAUUCUGUAUCUGCAGUCUACAUAAACAGAAUACACAACAACGUACCAGAGAGCAUGUGUCUUUAAACUGAGCCAUUUGGAUUUAGCCGCAGGGUUUAUGAGGACUCACAGUGACCAUCGCGGUGCAGGAGUGUCCAAUAACCUGUAUUUUGACAAUCCGAUGGCCAAACUGAUAAUCCAAGGUUAUUUUGUGAUCUGAAUCUCCUUAAUUCAUUCGUCAUUGGACAGCACCCAUGAAGAUGCCGCAGGAAUACUAUUUCAUGAUGUAUGCCCUUUUAUUUCCAUCAGGAAAAGUGGAAACUUUCAUUGCCGGAAAGCUUUUGUGCGACUUCUCCUUCUGCGGUAGGAACAUCUCAGCAGGUAUCCUUACCGAGAUGCUGUACACGAUGGCUUUUCUCUGAGGAAAUGGAACAUUAAAAAACUGCCAGUGAAUGACUUUCCUCACUUUACAUCUCCAGUGCUGGUUGUGCUGCUCAUUUUUGCAGGACUUUCUGCAGUACCGUUGAAGCUAGUGGUUUAACAUGGUCUUCAACAAAGAUGGUGUGGAUUCACCCUGGCAACAAGGCCCAUUGUUCCUUACUUUCUCCUUAAUAUAACAAUGUUUGUUUCCGCUGUAAGAGAGGGAGCAUUCAUUUAAGAGGGAGCAGAUUGCAAAAUCGCGACUGUGAUUUGUAGCCUGAGGCGGACGGCUGUUGCACAGCGGGAAUGGUGUUACAGGUGAAGUGCAACGGCUGACAGUGUAGUUCAAAGAGUCUAAUCGGCGUUACUCCUUCGACACAUAUCUGUGAACUGCUUGUUUCCACUCGUUGUAUGACUCUUGAACCGCCUCCUCCUCCCUGAGCUAUGAAGGGAAAUCAUUUUUUUUUUAAAUCCUUUUUCUCCUUCUUCCGCUUUGCUGACGUCCGACAAAUGUGUGUUGUUCAAAACAUUGCUAGGUUCUUGAAACGCAGGCUAGGCAGUUUUUGUGCCUCUGACCUGGAAUGAUUUGAGUUUCCUCUAGUUCAUUAUUUGCACCUCCACCUUAUGUAUAUGUACAUGCUAUGGACACACACACACACACACACACACACACACACACACACACACACACACACUCACAGAGGUUCUUAUUCACACAGACUUACACUCACAAACGCUCA